GUCACACACGGCAGCUGCAACCUGGUUAUUUCAGAAGAGCCAGGGCAGAGUCCACAAGCACACACACACGGUAUGCGUGUGUAUGAGGAGAGGGGGGGCUGCUCGAGAAACGAAGACCAAGCUAGCAGUUGCUGAGCGGCUGCUUAGUUUGAGAGUGCAAGCUCUUUCAAUCCGUUCCUCUGCUGUCGUCUUGCCGGUGCCUUGCUCUCACUCGCUCUCUCUUCCGUCGUCUCCUCACGUUUGGAUUCAGUGGGGGAAUAAAGCAGGAGAACCCAAGGAAGAAAGCAGGCAGGAGGAAGCAGCUCUCUCCCUCUGAUCCUCCACAUCAGAGCCCCAGCAGACACUGAGGAGCCAAUGGUCAUGGUGAAGGAGAAAGUGGCCCAUCCUCAAGAACCACACCAUCCACCAGGAAAACUGGUUAUCCAGUGCUAUAAGUGUGGGGAGCCAUGCAAAGGAGAGGUUCUCCGGGUGCAAUCCAAGCACUUCCAUAUAAAAUGCUUCACAUGCAAAGUGUGUGGUUGUGACCUGGCCCAAGGUGGUUUCUUUAUGAAGAACGGGGAGUACCUAUGCACACUGGACUACCAGAGGCUUCAUGGCACUCGCUGUAAUGGCUGUGGAGACUUUGUGGAAGGAGAGGUGGUCACUGCUCUUGGGAAGACUUACCAUCCCACAUGUUUUGUCUGCACUGUUUGCAAACGGCCAUUUCCCGCUGGUGAUCGAGUCACGUUUAAUGGAAAAGACUGUCUCUGCCAGCAUUGCGUCCAGCCAACUUCCCCGACUCCCAAAGACAUCAGCGCCUCUAGUAACUGUGCAGGAUGUGGCAGGGAUAUAAAGAACGGUCAGGCUCUUCUGGCCUUGGACAGCCAGUGGCACCUCGGCUGUUUCAAGUGCAAGGCCUGUGGGAAAGUGCUGAGCGGGGAGUACAUCAGCAAGGAUGGUUCUCCAUACUGUGAGAAAGACUACCAGAUCCAUUUUGGCGUGCAGUGUGAGGCCUGUCAUCAGUUUAUCACAGGGAAAGUUUUGGAGGCAGGAGAUAAGCACUACCAUCCAAGCUGUGCACGAUGCAGCCGAUGCAAUCAAAUGUUCACGGAGGGAGAGGAGAUGUACUUGCAGGGUUCUACAGUAUGGCAUCCAGAAUGUAAGAACAACAGUAGAGUGGAAGAGAAGUACAGAGCAGCUUGGCAACAUCCUAAAGGAAAACCCAGUCCGUUUGAUAUCUUUUACCCCCAGUCUCAGAUUCAGAGCCGGGGCCCAGGUGGCUCUUGGCUGGGCCGGCGUCCCCUGGGCAGUCGUGAGCCCCUUCCACCCUCAGUAACAUCUCUGCACCAAUCAGAAAGGCAGCCCACGAGGUCAUCGUCUGAGAGUAUCUGUUCGAGACCUGGCUCGAGCAUCCCUGGAUCUCCAGGUCAUACCAUCUAUGCAAAAGUAGACAAUGAGAUUAUUGAUUACAAGGACCUAGCAGCCAUCCCCAGAGUCAAGGCCAUUUAUGAUAUAGAGCGUCCAGACAUGAUAUCCUAUGAGUCUCUCCAUUCCACCUCCUCCACCCUGGAAAGACAAGGAAGGCACAGCCCUGGAGAGCCUGUCAAAGCCUCAGGUGGCAGCCCUCCCAGAGGCAGAGCCACAACCCUGCCACAAGACCCCUCCUCACUGUCCGCAGAAACAUCUCCAAGGACACUGUCUCCCACCCCAUCCGCUGAGGGUUGUUAUGACAUGAGGGAGCGCAUUAUGCAGAGAUCCACCAGUCAGGGCUCUAUCGGCUCUCCAGUCUACCACCGCCAUAACUACAUACCCCCUCUGUCUAAGUCGCCCCAGCACUUCCACAGACCAGGAAUGCUGAAGCUCUGCUCCUCUUUGCGCUCCAGCGACACGCGCCCUACCUCCCCUUUCCGACAUCACUUCCUCCCCCAUAACAAAGAUUCUUUCUGCAUAGGCACUGAGCCAUCCAGUGGCCGGAGUUCUCCCCUUUCCUCUCGGCCGGCCACCCCGACCCUCUCUCUGACCCCUAAACAUUUCCACAUCCCAGACCAAGGCAUUAACAUGUAUAGAAAACCACCAAUCUACAAACAGCAUGAUUCAGCUGCACUGGCAGUCCAAAGCAAGUCCGCUGAUGACAUCAUCAAAUCAUCCAAGUUCCCCGCUGCUCACGCCCCUCGGUCGGACGAAACCCCAAAGAUCGAGACCGACUACUGGCCGUGUCCUCCAUCCCUUGCUGCUUUAGGCUCAGAUGGGAGGAGUCGGUCACGAGAUGAAGAAGAGGAAGAGCAACUGAAACGCCGACAACUUCAAGAAGAACAUCUCAGCAAGAUCCAGUCUGGACUUGGGAAGCUCAUUCUGAAGGAGGAGAUGGAAAAGGAGAUGAACAAAGAGAGAUACAUACGAAGUGUGGCCGCCCAGCGCUUUGACUCCCAGUAUGCUAACUGUACCACAGACUCCCAAACCGUAAAAACAUCAUCUCUGCCUGGAUAUGGACGGAAUGGCCUCCAUCGGCCCCAGUCUACAGAACUCUCUCAGUAUAACAGUUAUGGGGAUGUGUGUGGAGGACAAAGAGAUUUCAAGCCCACCCAAGAUGCCCAAGAUUCCAUUACAAGAAUGGACAGGGGAAUGUCUAUGCCUAAUAUGUUGGAAUAUAAAGUGUACCCAUAUGAAAUGCUCACUGUCACCAACAGAGGGCGUACUAAGCUCCCGAAGGAUGUGGACAGGACAAGACUUGAGCGUCACUUGGCUCCCGAGACAUUCUUUGAUAUUUUUGGGAUGGAGAUCCAUGAGUUUGACAGACUUCCUCUUUGGAAGUGCAAUGACAUGAAGAAGAAAGCCAAGCUCUUCUAACUAGCUGAUUGUGCAUGUUUUAAUUUAAUAGUCACUAAUAUGAUUUAUUAGAGCGAUAGUCCUAUUUUUUCCUUUUUUACAUUUUUUUGCAUCCAAUUACAUGCACAAAAAAAGUUUUAUUUUGCUUCAAAAAGACCACUUUUUAUUUUCACAAAUCUAGAUAUCUUUAUCUUUAAAUGAGUGAGUGUUUGAAUAGGAACAAAAUGCGGUGACCCCCUAGAUGCAAACACAUGAGCGAGAGGAGCUGAUGGUGUGCCUGCGCUCAUUAAACCUGCCUCCAGGACCAGAGAGAUUUAUUCUCCUCCCUCCUGGCCCUCUUGUAAAACAGGACUGUAAUUUUUUAGAUUGGGACCCGGGGGCUGUCAGCAGGGAUCUCCCUCUAAACAGGCCUUUAGGUGGUGGAGUUGUAGGGAUCCCUGGGGACCCCCUGCUGCUGCAGACCUAACGAGACCUUUGAAGUGCGUUAAAAGCGGGAAGUGAGAGCUACUGAAGAUCCUCCACCUGCGGAGCAGAGCUUCUGGAAGGCAUUAGAAACUGAAAUCAGCGUCCUGUCCCACCAGCACUCUGCUGCCUCGUCACAAACCUAAAAAAAAAAAUCCCAUCCUACAUGUAAAGUAACAAGCAUGUUCACCAUAACCAAAGCCCAAAACAGCACCUGAAAUAGAUAAGUUCUUUAUCCAAAAUCCACUAGUCUGCUAUCCAGAAGAGGCGGUGGUGAUUAUUAUUAUUAUUAUUUCGAAAAUUAAACUUCAAUUAUUUUUAAAAACGAUUAUUAAAUGUCGCCACUAGAGGUCAGAUAUGGGACGAUAACAGACAUCGGCCCACUCUGAAACCGCUUCCUCUGAAUCAGACAAUCCGUUUAUUGUGACUAUUGCAGAUUUUUCUGCAAUAUUAAACAGCGUUUUAUUUUGAAUAAAGCAAGAAAAGCCUUUGAAAUGAUUGCCUCAGGCUGAUGAUUCACGGGGCAACUUUGGACAGUGUUGCGUCAAUGGGCAGCCAGGUGAGACACAGGGCCCAUGACCAAUCUAAAUUAUCCAGAUAGAAAUUUGUUACCCAUUCUCAAUGGGAACGUGCCCAAGCAACAUCGCUCAAAAAAAGUUGCCCCGUGUAUCAUCAGCAUCAGAGGUGUUUCAAUACUGCCACUGUGUUGACUCGGGAUUGUCGGAGCUGUAGCCAUAGCAUUUGUGCCAGGUGUAGACUCGAUAUCAGGGCCGUAUCUCUGUCAUUCAUUUAUAUUGCUGCCGAAUAAUGCUGUUCCCACAGACACUGUCUUGGCUUGCAGAUGUAUUAUGGGCCGCCGUUGGCUAUUAUUCCCAGCAGUUUCCUGUGUUACUAGCAGGGUUAAUGACAGAGAACUAGGACUUAUAACAGCAUUGUGCUUUUAUAGUAUCACAAAACAUAUGACUAUAACGAGUGUGAUUACUAGAAACAGACCUGUAUGUCACUUUAAAACAGAAUGAAGAGUUGGUUUUGAUACCCCUACUGUGUACCUCACCUUUUUCUGUCUUUUUUGAGGGAAAAGAUUUGAUGAUAAUGGUGUAUAAGCUCUGCUGAGUAAUAAAACUCUGCUUCAGAUCAUAUUGUCUGACGUAGUU